AUGAUUGCUCCAGUAUUUAUACUCUGUCUCAUCACGCUACUACUCUUGGUUGAAGCAGCUGCACGAGGCUCUAUUCAUCCGUACAUUGUCUUUUUAAAUUCAUCGACGGUAGCAGCAAGCAAUAAAAGUUCAUUGAUGCCCAGCCUUCAGAAACGUUCUACUACCCGGAUAGCAAAUAAAUUAUCGUCCUUUCGAAACAACAGGACAUCGAUACCAGAGAUUUACUCCAUUGGUAAUUUUCAUUGGUAUGUUGACUCGAUGAACGAUGUAGACGCUCAAGUACUUGCUCAAAACGAACAUGUCUCGCAUUUACACAAGGAUGAUCCUAUCUUUCACAUGACCGAACUAGUGCAAACCGAUGUCCCAAGCUGGGGACUUGACAGAAUUGAUCAGCGCAAAGGAGAAGACGAUAAAUUUCAUUUUCCUUCAUCCGCAGGUGAAGGCGUAGACGUCUAUCUGAUUGAUACCGGCGUCAAUGUUGAUCAUAUUGAUUUUGAUGGUCGCGCAAUACAUGGUCCAGCUUUUACGUCAGGUGGAAAUCAAGAUCCAACUGACAACAACGGCCACGGAAGCUUUGUUGCCGGCAUCUGUUGCGGAAGAGUACACGGUGUAGCGAAAAAGGCCAAUAUCAUCUCACUGAAAGCGCUUGAUCAAGGUGGUUCUGGAAGACUCAGCAAUAUCUUAUUGGCCUUGCACUGGGCUGUGAAGCGACAUGUAGCAAAUCCGGGGGCAAAAUCCAUCAUAAACUUAUCACUUGCUGCCGACUUUCAUCUGCCAACCAAUCAAGCAAUUGAGCAAGCCAUAGAGCUUGGGAUACAUUUCUCAAUAGCAGCUGGAAAUCAAGGAAAAGAAGCGUGCAGAUACUCACCUGCAUCCGCUAAAAAUGCACUCGUAGUUGGAGCCAUCGAUCAAGAUGAUUCGAUUGCUUCCUACUCAAACUUUGGAUCUUGCGUCAGUAUUUAUGCUCCAGGAACAGCCAUCACAUCUGUCUGGCACAAUCAUAGAACUGCAAUACACACGCUCUCAGGCACGUCCAUGGCAGCACCUCAUGUCACAGGUGUCAUGGCUAUUUUACUUUCUCAACAAGAUUACACCCCUGUUGCAUUGAUCGAGAAAGUGAGAGAAUCUGCAACUUUAGCCAUCAGUUCAAGAACAGAGAGUAAUGAUAUUGUAGAUGAAAUAUCUCGGUUGACAGGUGUUGAGCACGAAGACUCCAGCGUCAUCAAAGUACUAUACAUGGAUUCAUCACUAGAUGAUUUCAUCAGAACAGAUAUCGUCUCUUCAUCCAUGGCUAGCAAAAGGCACCAUUUGAUGCCAGUUGUCUUUUAUAUUGCAAUACUAUCAGUAUUUUUGAAUUUACAUGGACUUUUACUGUAA